CAUCUAUGAUACCUAAACGACUACAAUUGUAACAAGGUAGGAAUUCCUUCACACACAAGACAGAAACCUUCAGAAUACUUCAUAUCAACAUGAAUGGAUCUAUAUCACGAGCCAUCCCUGGGCUGCUGCUGCGGUCAUACACCUUUCGUGUGCCAUUAUGCCACCGAGACCCUAAUAGAGGCCCCGAGAUCACUCUAUUUGCGCGAGAGAUGGUAGAUGUGGAGAAAGACUCGUCCGAUUUGCCCGUGUUGUGCUAUCUCAAUGGAGGCCCUGGAUUCCAGAAUAUGCGACCGGCUUCUCGUAAACAGGCGUGGUUUGACACCGUCCUGAAGACGCAUCGAGUGAUUCUCAUUGACCAGCGUGGCACUGGGAAGAGCUCAGCCAUCACACCCGCAGUACUACAAUCGCUGGGCAGCGCACAGGCACAGGCCGACUACGUGCAGCAUUUCCGACAAACCGACAUUGUGUCGGACUGUGAGGUGGUACGCAGGCGGUUGUUUGGAGACGACAGGAAGUGGACGUUGUACGGCCAGUCCUUUGGUGGUUGGAUCUCUCUGUCGUAUCUGAGUUUUGCUCCCGAAGGUCUGCACAGUCUGCUGCUGACCGGUGGAUUGGCACCCAUCGGAAAGUCCAUAGAGGAGGUGUACACAUCCACCUUCAAAACAUGUCUGACUAAGAACAACCGCUACUACCGCAUGUACCCUGAGGACAUCGCCAUCGCGCGCAAAGUCGCCGACUAUCUCGCUGCUAAUGUCGUCUGCUUACCUGAUGGCAACCGGCUGACUGUGGGGCUGUUCCAGACGUUUGGGUUUAAGUUCAUCUCCCACCACGCCCACGCCUUCCCUUCGCUGCACUACAUUCUGGAGGACGCUUUCGACACCACCGGCACACUGACACCUGCCUUCAUCAAAGCACUGUACACGCACGUGCCAUUCGAUGCCAAUCCCAUGUAUGCACUUGUGCAUGAGCUCAUCUACGCCGACGGCAACGGCGCAACAAAUUGGGCGGCGAGUCGAGUGCAGAAACAAAGUGACGACUUCAACUAUACACCCGACCAAUCAGAACGCCUCAACUUCACCACAGAGAUGGUCUUUCCAUGGAUGUUCGAUACCAUAGCACAACUACAGCCGUACAAAGAGUGCGCACAACUGCUGUCGCAAAAGACAGACUGGCAGCCACUGUACGACGCACAGGUGUUGGCGGACAACACAGUCCCCAUAGCCGCAGCCGUGUACUACGAAGACGUCGCAGUGGACAGGGAACUGUCGCUCAACACCGCCCAAUACGUGGGCAACACAAAGGUGUGUGUUGUUAUGUGCUGUGUGAUGUGA